UGGACAAUAUUUCUGCCUGUUAGCUGUGACAGACGUCACAUUUUAGGUGUUUCGAAAAUGAAACUGGCUUGUGCCUGACUUCAAGAGAGAGUAGAUAGAAAGCGAAAAUAACACCGAGUCAACGGAUAAAAAACACAUUUCGACCCAUUCAGAGAGGUACAGGAGAGCCGAAGGGUUUGGACUUCAUGCAGCGAGAACCGAGACGGGAUAUAUUUUUGCUGGGAAUGUUGAUUAGCCUCCAGAGGAGGAGGGACCUGACCUGGCUGGAAUGGAUGCUGUAGCAGAAGCUGCUUUGUGAGACUGAACUAGCUCUAUCACCAUGGCGCACUUUGAGACCGAGUACCAGCGCCUGGAGGCGUCUUACGGUGACUCUCCUCCUGGCGAGGAGAACCUCCUGAUGCACGUGCCCGAGGGAAGCAAAUCCCACUGGCACCACAUAGAAAACCUGGAUUUGUUUUUUCAAAGAGUCUAUAAUCUGCACCAGAAGAAUGGAUUCACCUGCAUGCUAAUGGGAGAGAUCUUUGAGCUGGUACAGCUGCUGUUUGUGGUUGGUUUCACAGUUUUUCUGGCUAACUGUGUGGAUUAUGACGUCCUCUUUGCCAACAAGUUUGUAAAUCACACAGAUUCAUCUAAAGUCACCUUACCGGAUGCAAUCCUCCCAAUGGAUGUCUGCAGUGCCCAUAUCCGAGACAAUGCGUUUGUGAUAUUUGUUCUGAUCAUCUCUGGGGUGUUUUGGCUACAUCGCUUGAUCAAAUUCCUCUAUAAUGUUUGCUGCUACUGGGAGAUCAGAUCUUUCUACAUCAAAGGCCUCAAGAUGACCAUGUCUGAGCUCCCCUAUGUAACAUGGCAGGAAGUUCAGGCCAGGAUCAUUGAAAUCCAGAAGGAGCACCAGAUCUGCAUUCAUAAGAAAGAACUGUCGGAGCUCGACAUUUACCACCGCAUCCUCCGCUUUAAAAACUACAUGGUUGCUAUGGUGAAUAAAUCCCUCCUUCCUGUACGAUUUCGACUUCCUGUCCUUGGAGACUCUGUGUUUUACACCCGGGGUCUCAAAUACAACUUUGAGCUCAUCUUCUUUUGGGGACCAGGCUCUCUCUUUGAGAACGAGUGGAGUCUGAAGCCAGAGUAUAAGAGAGGAGGUAACAGGCUUGAGCUUGCAGAUAGGCUGGCAUCUCGUAUCCUGUGGAUUGGCAUUGCAAACCUGCUGCUGUGUCCAGUCAUUCUGGUGUGGCAGAUUCUGUAUGCCUUCUUUAGUUACACUGAGGUAAUCAAACGAGAGCCUGGAUCUCUGGGGGCAAGAUGCUGGUCUCUUUAUGGUCGAUGCUACCUGCGUCAUUUCAACGAGCUGGACCACGAGCUCAUGUCCCGCCUCAGUAAAGGCUACAAGGCUUCAUCCAAGUACAUGAACUGCUUCCUUUCUCCGCUGCUGACAGUGGUUGCCAAGAACGUGGCGUUUUUCGCCGGCUCCCUCCUGGCCGUUCUCAUUGCUCUGACCAUCUACGACGAGGAUGUUCUCGCAGUGGAACAUGUUCUCUCAUCAAUCACGCUGCUUGGAGUCUGCAUCACAAUUUGUAGAUCAUUCAUUCCAGAUAAGCACAUGGUGUUUUGUCCAGAGCAGCUGCUGAGGGUCAUCCUGGCUCACAUCCACUACAUGCCUGACCACUGGCAGGGCAAUGCACACCGAUAUGAGACCCGAGACCAGUUCUCCCAGCUCUUUCAGUACAAAGCUGUGUUUAUUCUUGAGGAGCUACUUAGUCCAGUGGUGACUCCCAUCAUCCUCAUCUUUUGUUUGAGGAGGAAGUCUCUCGAGAUUAUUGACUUCUUCAGGAACUUCACCGUGGAGGUGGUGGGAGUCGGGGACACCUGCUCUUUUGCCCAGAUGGACAUCAGGCAGCAUGGACACCCAGCGUGGAUGUCGGAGGGGAAGACCGAGGCAUCGAUUUACCAGCAGGCAGAAGAUGGGAAGACGGAGCUAUCGCUGAUGCACUUCGCCAUCACAAACCCACACUGGCAGCCUCCUCGAGAGACGACGCACUUCAUCAGCCAGCUGAAAGAAAGAGUCCACAAGGAGGCUGCAGGCGCCUCCUCUGACACACACCCGCUCUCCUUGUCAGAGUCUGAACCAAGAAGUCUCGUUGCAAACAUCUUGGCAGGUCCCUCAACACUAGCAUCUGUUCAUUUUGGCUGUGAUAGCUCUUUGACUAAUAAUGCAGCCACUGGACUAACCAGCGGGGAAACAGCCUUGCGCUCUCUCUCGCCGAUUAGCAGCAGUCUUCACCUGAGAGGCAGUUUGAGUGCUGCUCAUAGAGCGAGUGGUUUUACUAGCAGAACAAUGACAGGUUCUGGAACUGAUGCCCGAACUGUGAGCUCAGGUAGCAGCGCGUGGGAGGGUCAGCUAACUAGUUUAGUCCUGUCAGAGUACGCCUCCACUGAAAUGAGCAUCCAUGCUCUGUACAUGCAUGAGAUUCAUAAACAGCAGUCUCGUGGUGAUGUAUCACGCCACACAUGGCACAGGCAGGAGAGCGACGAAAGCAGCGACAGCAUCCCUGAUGAAGUAAGGAGCGAGCCCAACGCUCACUCCCGAAAUUUCCCACGCUCGCACACUUUCCCAACCACGCUUACGAGUCCCGGUGCCAGUCCCGCCUCAGCCUCCGCCACAAGCGCCACCACCGUUGGCCAGGAUGUGGCAAAGGCACAGAGCAGCACCCAGAGAUGCCAUAGUGGACCCGCUGCAGACCAUUUAGGUGCCAGUGGAAAGGCUGUGAGGACGGCCCGCAUGCCAAUGGGCGGUUGGGCAGAGGGUGGUAAAGCAUCGUCACGACAUCAUGAGCCUCUACAAGAGGAAACUUCAGAGGAUGAGCUGCCUCCUCACAUACACAAGGUUACAUAAGCCAUAUGAAGCCCUACCUUCACAGAUAACUAAACACUCAUCCUCAUCCUUCUCCAUGCCUGUAUCUUGGAUUGAACUUUUCUUUAUACAGACGGGGAAACAGAAAUGUGCAGCAGGGUUUAUCACAACCCCUUUAAACUCCUGAGAAGUGAAUUUAACUGUAUAUGUUGCGUUAAUAAAUACAGCUGGAUAUUGUUGCAACCUGCUGACUUUUCUGUUUAAACAGUCAGAUGGCAUGAAACAGCAUCUGUCGCAGGAGGACAUGCAGGAUCAAGUGUAAACAACAGAAUGCACUAAACGUUUUUAUGAUGUCAUAUGAUAAAGUGAAAGUCUUUGUGUUAUUACAGCAUAGAAAAACAAUGUGAAAAAUCAGAACUACAGGAAGUACCUAGCAGUAAUCCAGACUUGCUUCUUAAUUGCUCCUGCUUUUAUAAAUCUAAAAAGAAAAACAAUCUAAAUAAGUUAUAAAAAAGUACAACAGAAUGUGUUCAGAAUGAUGGGAGUCAACACAAGGAAUUUCAUGUGUAUAUAUGUCCCCGUACUAAAUAGCAUUAUUUAUGUCCGGUUCUCUGUAUUUUGAUUUACAUUUGACUGUUUUGCAAAAAAUAAUGUAAAAUUACUAUAAUACUUUCAAUUAUAUUUUGAAUUAUUUCUACAUAUGUGUUUUCUAAAAUGGUUUAAGACUUUACCCUAAAUGUGGUUCCAUUUGAACAGA